AUGGACAUCUCAACCCACACAAUGCACUACCCGCUCGACAAUCCCGCCCUCCUCACCACCUCCGCCCCUUGGAUCGACAUCGCCCGCCGCAAGCGCGCCGCCCGCGACGCCCUCAUCCCCGCCAAAUGGCGCAUCUCCGCCUCCCUCCUCCCCCAUGACCCGCCCAAGCUCGAACACGGCCCACAAUCCGUGCUGCACAUCCCCAGCCAACUCCUCUCGCCGGCCGAGCGCGACAUCACCGAAGGCUACACGGUGGCCACGCUCCUCUCCGCCUUGCAGCGCCGCAAGCUGAGCGCCGCCGCCGUGACUGACGCCUUUGCCCACCGCGCCGCCAUCGCCCACCAGCUCACCAACUGCCUGACGGAGCCGCUCUUCGCGCAGGCGGCCGACCGCGCCCGGUAUCUGGACGACCACCUCGCGCGGCACGGCGAGCUGCUGGGCCCGCUGCACGGCCUGCCCGUCAGCGUCAAGGACACUUUCCACGUCACGGGCGUGGAUUCGUCGACGGGACUGGCGGCGCUGUGCUUCAAGCCCGCCAAGGAGGAUGCGGCGCUCGUGCAGCUGUUGUUGAGUUUGGGGGCGGUGGUGCUGUGUAAGACGAAUGUGCCGCAGACGCUGGCGAGUUUGGAUAGCGUGAAUAAUGUGUUUGGGAGGACGAUGAACCCCGUCAACCGUUGUGUUACGGCGGGUGGGAGUUCGGGGGGGGAGGGCGUGGUGGUGGCGAUGAAGGGCGUGAUGGUGGGGUUCGGGACGGAUAUUGGGGGAAGUAUCAGGAUUCCGGCUAUGGUGAAUGGGGUUUACGGGUUCAAACCUGGUCAGGGUCGGCUGCCUUAUGGGGGACAGGCGCAGGUGGGGUUGGACGGGGUUGGUAGAGCGGGGGUGCAGGCGGUCGCGGGACCCAUUGCACGGAGUAUGGCAGAUGUGGACUACGUGAUGAAGGAGUUGGUUCCGCGGUCGAGCUUGUUCGGGGAGGAUUGUGUUUUGGGGGAAUGGAGUGAGGCAUCGGGACCGAUCAAAGGCAGUGGUGAGAAAGGAGAAGUGGUUAUUGGCAUCAUGAGGAGUGAUGGAAACUGUACACCACUGCCGCCCAUUGACAAGAUUCUUUCCGAGGUGGCCGCGAGCCUGGGUCACCAUCCCAACAUCAAGGUGGUGGAGGUUCCGUCGCCAAAGGCGUGGAAGACGGCGCAGAGUGUCAUGAGCAAACUUAUGGGUAUAGAUGGGGCGAACACGAUGGCCGAUCUCAUCGAGGCAACCCAAGAGCCCAUGGUGCCAUGGAUGUCUACGCGCUUCAAGAGGGGCAAGCCUCGCUCGUUGGUCGAUGUGGCGGGUCUACAGGCUCAACGGGCUGCUCUGGAGCGGGAGAUGGCCAAGAUCUGGCUGUCGCAGGAUGAACACGGCCGUCGAAAGCGGAGAAUCGACGCCAUCGUCUGUCCCAUUGCGCCGCAUCCGGUGCCGGAGAUCGAACGCUACAAUGCGGUGGGCUAUACCAGCAGCAUCAUCUUGUUCGAUUACCCGAGUGGCACCAUUCCCGUCCGAGACGUGACCACGGCUGACCUCGAGUUGGGCAAACCACUGUCCGGCAAGUCGGUGGGCAGUUGGGACGACCGCUGCCGUGAGCUGUGGGAUGAGAAGACAGUGGAUCGCAAGGUCUACCUCGGCACGGCGCUGAGUGUGCAGGUGGUGGUUCCGCGACUCGAGGAUGACAGGCUUGCAAAGGUCAUGAGUCUCAUCGAUGGCGUUAUCAGGAGCCAGGGUGCUAGGCCCAAGUCCAAAUUGUGA